UUGGUAAUUUUUACAGGAAACAAAGUAGAUUUAUUACCGCCCGAUGCUCGGCUCGGUUUUUUGCAUCAUUUUCGACGAGUUCUGUACAGUGCACUGAAGGAAACUGGACUUACCGACAAUUUUAACAUUCUUCAUACAUCGCUGAUUAGCGCGAAAACCGGUUAUGGUGUCGAGGAUCUCAUUACAAAUAUCUUUCUGAGGUUUUCAACUCGUGACACCCUGCGGAAUGAUAUGUACAUAGUGGGCUGCACCAAUGUCGGCAAAUCCUCUCUCUUCAACGCGUUUCUGCAAUCCGAUCUAUGCAAAGUGCGUGCUGUGGAUCUGGUGGAGCGCGCAACCACCACUCCGUGGCCCGGGACGACAAUAUCGUUGCUGAAGUUCCCGGUGAUGAACCCUUCGCCGCAGAAACUGGAAAUAAGAAGGCGACGACUGUUGUCAAAUCAAGCAUGGCGCAUCAAGGAGGAACGCUUGAGAUAUGAUCUAUAUAAAACAACAGGUGAUAUCAAAUAUGCAACACUGCAGGCCGCAAUUGGCAACUCGUUCAAGGAGCGUGAAAAGGAAUUGCAGCCGCCGUCGUUUCGCUCGGUGCUCGCUGAUUCCGAUGAACCAAGUGAAAAUGCAAAGCCGAAAACUUUCGAUGCCGAUUUGUAUAUUUUUUCGAAAGGAAAGUGGUGUUAUGAUACUCCCGGGACAGUCAACAGUGAGCAGGUUUUGGAUUUAUUCACGCUUGAUGAACUGAUUGCCGUUUUGCCACGAAGAAUGAUAUUGCCGCGCACAUUUAUCAUACAUCCGGAAGAAUCACUUCUGAUCGGUGGAGUGGCGCAGAUUGAUGUCCUGAGUCUGCCUUCAGUGUCCAAACCCAUAUCCGAUAAAGACUACGAAGGAAGGCGGCCAGGUGUUCUACUGACAGUUUUCGCCAGCGAACAGUUGCCGAUCUUCGUACGGCAGACAUCUGAAGCUUCGUCUUUUCGUAAGCAGCAUUUGGGAAGCGCUGUUCUUGUUGUGCCUUUUGGCAACGCUGAACGAAUUGCACGAUUUCCGGAUCUGGAACUUGUUGAAUUGACACUGAAAAGUUCUGGAUCAUCGAAAGGCUGCGGUGACAUUGUGCUCUCAUCACUUGGUUGGAUAUGUGUCACAUCUCGGCCUGGAGAAAUUCGCAUCCGUGCUCAUACGCCUGAAGGACGCGGUAUAUUUUUGCGGAAUCCCCCCAUUCUGCCGCAUUGUGCACAGUUGCGUGGCUCACGAAUAGGAAGUACGCCAGCUUAUAGAGUCAAGCAACCAACGAUGCCUGAUCCGGAAGCAAAACACAGGCGUCGCAAGAAAUUAUCGCGUAAAAAACGUUUUGGUUAAAU